AUGCCGUACAUCAUCUACGUGCCCGGAGUCCUGCAACCCUACAUCACCAACGAUCCGAGGAUUUACAUGGACUGUUCCAAGAUCUUCGAGUGGGUGUGCGAAUCACGACCCUUCCGCGAUGCAUUCUGCAAGGCAUUCCGGCAAGACGAGGAUGAGCAGUUCUUGUCCGACAGGCGUCGCGGCCAACUUGAAGCCUACUGGAUCGAGGAGCUCGAGCGGCGGAUCAAGCUGAACAAAGGACUUGACCCGCUGAAGGAGGGCAAACCACUUUCAACUGAAGUCGCAGUCGAACAUUUGGCGGAGCAUGACAUCGAUAAGAGUGUGUUGUCCAAGAUCAAAGACCGGGAGGAAGGUGCACUCUGCUAG